AUGUCGACCUCGGCUUCGUCGCCUCGGCGCGCAUUCGUUACGCUCUUGACCAACGCGCGCUACCUUCCGGGGCUCCUCGUCCUCGAUCACACGCUCAAGCAGGUCGGCACAAGGUACCCGCUCGUCGUCCUCACGACGCCGUCGUUUCCCGAGGAGCACCUCGCACUCCUCAAAGCUCUUGGCAUGAGCACAAAGCGCAUCGAGCUCCUCGAACCUCGCGGCGAGAUGAUGCUCAUCGCCGAGCGCUUCAAGGACACCUGGUCGAAGCUUCAGGCUUUUGCGCUCGACGAGUACGAGCGCGUCGUCCUCCUCGACUGCGACAUGAGCGUCUUCUCGCCAAUCGACUCGCUCCUCGACGACGACUCGCUCCUUCUCUCGUCCUCAUGGAUCGCGGCGGCGCACUCGUGCGUCUGCAACCCUCUCGGCCAAGACUGGUACCUGCCCGACUGCACGCCGGCCAACUGCGCCUACACGCACGCGACCGCGCACGGCGGCGCUCCUCCUCCCGUCGAGCUCCUCCCCUCGAAGCGCACCUACGGCCUCCUGAACAGUGGCCUCGUCGUCCUCGCGCCGUCCAAAACCCUGUACGACUCGAUCGUGCACCACCUCCACACGAGCCCGACCGUCGCGACCAUGGCGCUCCCCGACCAGGACCUCCUCGGCGAGGUGUUCGACGGCAAGUGGAUGCCCUUGAGCUGGCGCUUCAACGCGAUCAAGACGUUCCGGUGGGUCCAUCCCGAGCUGUGGUUCGCCGAGACGGACGGCGGCCGGCGGCUCGAGGGCAGGGAGCGAGGCGACGACGGCGUCGCCGUCCUGCACUACAUCGUCGAGAAGCCGUGGCUCGACGCCCUCCCCUCCUCGUCGCCCGACCUCGAGACGCAUAAGUGGUGGUGGGCAGAUUGGCGGUCGAUGCUCGACGCGUGGGAGGGCGACGAGCGACUGAGCGGGUACGUCGAGGGCGUGCGGCGGCUCGUCAAGAGCGAGGCGGAUCUGUAGAAGGGUCGAGGAGGGCGACCUUCGCAAACGGGCUUUGGCCACCUCUUUCCGCCUG